UCUGAAGCUUUUGUAACUGCAAACGCAGGUCGGUGUAUAAUUGACCACCCAUGUCCGGCCGGCUGCUCCUGCUUCAAUACGGUUGUUGAUUGCAGCAAUCGGGGAUGGACCGAUUUUCCACGUGAAUUGCCGCAGUUUACUACCGAACUGCGUAUGUCCGGAAAUAAAAUCAGCAUCAUUCGCCGUUCAGCAAAUCUUCGUCUCGGGAAUCUCACUGUGCUGAUGCUAGAUGGUAACGGUAUCGAGUCUAUUGAAAGCAACUCAUUUGCUGGACUAAGGAAUUUGCGUGAACUGUAA